CUUAGUUAUUCGAAUUAAGGUACGGAUUAUUUUACUUUUAAUUAAACCAAAUCAUAAACACUACCGAUGAAUGUAAGAAUGCAUUUUGACUUCUCGGUUGCUAUAUACUGCAUAUGCUGGGAUUUACAUGGAAUCUACAAGCAUGUUAUCAUGCUUAGUUAGCACGAUAUUUGCUUUAUGUACAAAUAAGUAGAAAUUGCCGCAUUUAUUCAGUAAACAAUGCCUUCUCGUGUCUUGUACGUUUUUCUAUAAUUAGCAUAGUUUAUUUACAUUUAACUUUUUCAUUUCCACUUAAUAAACCCACUUUCCUAACAGAUAAUUUUCAAAACAAUAACCAACUAUGACAAUACAUUUUACACUUUUACGUAAUUACCCGAACUUAUCAGCAAAGUAAUGAAAUCACUAUGAAAAUGUAUUAUGCAUUUCAAUUACAGGAGAUAAUAAAAAUUGUGAUUUUUGAAAACAUACGCUUUUGACACUGACAUUAGCAAACUGUAUUAUAAAACAAUCAUAACAAACCUUCUUACAAAUUCUAUAAUGAGACUUUUACGAACGCAAGAUCUAAAUGAGAGAAUUAUUUUUUCUAUCACCACCGCAGAUCACUUUAUAUCGCUGGCUUUGAAAUAUCUAACAUACGAUUCAACAAAAAUUACGAUAACAUUUAGAUAAAAACUUGGCGCGCUUUCAUUUGAUACUCACAUUGAAUACGACCUCUUUUAACUUUUUAUAUCUGGCCAGAAAAAACCGAGAAGAAUAUUCCAGAAAAACAAUGUUUAAAUGCGUACAGAAGACUUGCGUGCUAACGUGAAAUAAAUAAACUUGAAAAAUUUUACAACUCGAAAAUUAAGACAACACUAUCCUCGCGAAACGUGUAUUACUACCGACGUGGCUGCCCGUCGAUUGAAUUUUAGACGGAGGCGCUCCGCAGCCGGCGGUGGGGCGUUGCUUGCCGCAUUGCUCGGUAUCCAUUUUGAACACAUCGCACAGUCUCGUUCAUCGUACGUCCUAGAGAGCUCACCCGCCAGACAAGAAGUAUUGCACAGUCGCACAGGAAUAAUGGACGCUGCACUUACCAAACAAAAAAAAUUGUAUAAAGUUAAUCAUCGCGCAAUUGUCGACUGUGACUAAAAUUUCUGUUAAACAUUCCUUUUAUUGAUUUAGACUAAAAGCUAUACCUACUCAAGCGGAAGGGCAAGAAUUUUUGCCGAAUUAACUAAAAUGUUUCAAAUGCGAAUCGAAAUAAGCAUAAAAAAUGGAGACGGAUUACGAUCGCAAGUUCGAGGAGAUGAAGAAAUACAUUCCGUUCCUGGAGAACAUGAUCGGUAGGCUGGAGAGCGCAGGGACUGGUAGCGGCAACCCGCGCCGGGCGCAGCUCGCCAAGAUCCGCUCCCUAAGGGAUCUCUUGUUGGAUAAGAGAAAAAGAAUGAAAAUGGAGAACUUGAUGAAAUGUGAACAAGUUUUAGUAAAUUUAUAUGCAAAAAUUGAACAGAGGGACUCAUUUUUGGAGAGCAGUGACAUUGGGAAUCAAAAUCCUCAGUUGGAUUUAGUUCGCAGUAAACUUCAAAAAGUCGCCACACGACUACAAAUCCCAGAGUCGCUGCCGGAUAUAGUAGGCCCAACUGGCAGUGAUGAAGUCACGUCCGGGAGCAAAGAACCAGCUUUGUUUCAAAUAAGAAAGAAUAAGGCCUUAUCUCCGGCGCGCUCUAAACUCGCUGAUAGUGAGAAGAAUUCUUCGUCAUCAAUAUUACAUAAAAAGAAUUAUACUCGUGUUCUGGUCUCCCCUAAUCGAGAAACUAAGCCUUUGCCAACGGACAUUUCAAAAACAGGAUCUCCUAUUCGAACCUCUAAAAAGUCGCCUCGAAAAACCACAUCCUAUCAAAAUAAAAAAGACAGAAAAAAAUCUUCGAGUCAGUCUCAGCAAACGACUCAGCUAAAAGACUUGAACAUAACACUUAAAGUUCCCGAAGAAAGUUUAAAUUCAUUGAAUACUAAAGAUAUCCUAUCUCGAAUUAUUAACUGCAGCGACAAUGAUGUUGACAUUGACACAUUACGAGGUUUGCGAACUCAAAUCCUCUCUGAAUUAAAACAAACCGGUGCUAAAGACGAUAUAUCUGAUUUAAUACUAGAAUCUUACAAGCGCAAAAAGAAGUCAAGCUCAAAGAAGAAGAAAAAGGAAUUCGAAGAAGGUGAAUUAUCUGACAGCGAAAGUGAAAUUAUUGAAAGCAUUUAUGGCAGCUUGGUGGUUGUGGAUAAAGAUCAAGGAACUACAAGUAAUAUCAAUAAGGUGGAUGAAAAAGAUGAACUACCUCGAAAAAUUCAAAUAUGUCUUGUAAUUAAUUCGGAGAAGGAAAGUCAAAAUGAAACAAUUACUACAAGUGAAUUGUCAAAAAAAAAGCCGAUAGUAGAUUUAUCUGAUUUUGAAUUCUAUGAAAAAAAUGAGACAAACAUGAAACCAACUGAGACUGAUACUGAAAAAAAGGAAACAACUAAACAAUUUAAAGACAACUCUGAAAAUACAUCUAGUAAACCUGAGAUAAAUGAAAAACCUGACGGAGAUAACGAAAAAUGCGAUAAAACGCCAGAUUUACCUAUCGAUAACAAUAGUUCAAAUGAAAAAAUUGAGAACUCUAAUUCCAUAUCAAAUACGGAUUCUCCGUUAUCCGAGAUUUUACCGACAGACUCCAAACUAAAUUCUACCAUAGUCAGCUUAAAUGAAGAUAGUUCUUCUAAGAAUCUACAACCGAUAUCGAACAGAUCCUCAACAAUGGCCUUAAAUGAGAAAAGCAAUGAAACUAUAUCUACAGAGACCCAACCACAUGAAAAUAUAAUGAAACCGGAAGAUUCAAUAGAAAUACCAUUAUUAGAUUUAGAAGCUAAUGCGAAAAAAGAAGUUGUUCAAGAAAUUGAUAUCUUACAAGCGUUAAAAAAAGAAAUUUUAAGUGAAAAAAUUUCUUUAUCUGAUUCCGAGACUAAUACACCACCAUUACAUCAACCUAAAGUGACGAAAGUAGCAAACAUCGAAAAAAUAUUACCAAAGAAAAGAAUUUCCAUUGAGAAAUAUAAAGAAAAAUCAACCUCUGCUCCACAACCUUCCCUAUUUAUUAGUGAAAGUAAUAAUAAUACCUCAAAAGACGAUCUUCUAAAAAAACAAAGCUUAAAGUUAACGGAAAAAGAAUAUGAGCGAUUUAAUUUAUCAACAAACGUGUCCCUUGCUGAAACUUCUGACGAGGAAGACAAGGAAGAAAUUUGUCCACCUACCGAUAUAUACAGCGGUUUAGCUCCUAAGUCACCCGAUCAUGAAGAUUUUGCCGACACAGGAAUUAAACCUCCAAUAAUCAUUCCUGCGGAGCCGGUAAAAGCGGAAGUUGUGCCUUCAAAAAGCGAUGUGGACAUGAGAAUGAUGCCACUUAAACCGCAGUCAAAAUUAUCGACAGACAACAAUAAACUCAUGGAGAAGCCAUUAGAAGGGUCCAAAAAAGAAACUGAACUAAGUACGAUGGAAAAUUUAUUACCGUUGACAGAUCCUCGAGUGAGAAGAGACAUCAGUAACCUAAAUAUUGAUAGUGCUAUGAUAAGCACAAUAGAGCAUGUUUCUAGAACUCAGACUAACUUUCCACCUAAUAUGACACCCACACGAAUGCCAAAAACGGCACUAAUGAGCGGUAUAAAUCAGACAAAGGUAAUUCCAAACAUGGUACAUAACUUGCCUUCGACAACUAUGGGCUAUGAAAUGACUCCAUCCAGAGUAUCUUUAGAUGGCGAACAUUCAAAAUUAGAUCAUGUAUACGCUCCCACAUUUCCUGUUCAUGAACCAAGUAAUAUCUCAGGUAUCGAUGGACAAAAUAGUGGAAUUUUUUCGCGUACUAAUUUAGGUCUCAACCAGAAUGAUAUUCAAAAUACGUUUUAUGUCGAAAAUUCAUUUAUUUCUUCAGAAUGUCCAUCAACUCCAAAUCAUUCAUUUGGACGACUAGACAUGCCAAUGACCCCAAUCCAUACAUUUGGCAGGGCAGAAGGACCGAUGACGCCUUCUCAUCCUUUUGGAAGAACUGAUUGUUCACCUACCCCAAGUUAUCCUUUCGGAAGAAAUGAUUGUCCGUCUACGCCAAGCUAUCUUUACCCGAGAGCCGAUGGUUCAUCUACUCCAAGUCAUUCUUACGGAAGAAUUGAUUGUCCAUCCACCCCAAGUCACCCUUUUGGAAGAUCAGAUUGUCCACCUACUCCAAGUCACUCUUUUGGAAGAUCAGAUUGUCCACCUACCCCAAGCCACUCUUUUGGAAGAUCAGAUUGUCCACCUACCCCAAGUCACUCUUUUGGAAGAUCAGAUUGUCCACCUACCCCAAGUCACUCCUUUGGAAGAUCAGAUUGUCCACCUACCCCAAGUCACUCCUUUGGAAGAUCAGAUUGCCCACCUACCCCAAGUCACUCUUUUGGAAGAUCAGAUUGUCCACCUACCCCUAGUCACUCCUUUGGAAGAUCAGAUUGUCCACCUACCCCAAGUCACCCUUUUGGAAGAACGGAUUAUUCACCUACCCCAAGCCGUCCAUUUGGGAGAAAGGAACAUCUUAUGACCCCAAAUCACUCAUUCAGUAGAGGCGACUUUUCACAAAAUCAGUCGAUAUUGCAAAACUCAGGGGACAGGUAUAACAAUUUUCAGAAUGCUAGAAGUAACAGAUAUUCUGAGAACGAUAAUUUACGAUAUUAUAGUGAGGAUAUUGAUAGUCGUAAAUAUAAUGAACGUAAAUUUAAUACACAUAAUCAAAAUUAUGAAGAAUCCAGACGAAGUUAUAAUGAUUCUUAUCGAAAUUACGACAGACACGUAAGUCGACGUGAGACUAGUACAGGUCGAUCAUCUUAUAAAAAUUAUAAAUAUGAUCGACGAUGUUCAAAAGACCGUAGUACUGCCUAUGGUGCAAGAGAUUGUCGUUAUGAAGCUGAUAGUAGUAAAAGUUACGAUAGCCGUGAACCACGGCGUAAUGACCAAAGAGAACAUAGUGUGGGUUGUAACUUAUCAGAUGCUAAAUACUCAAAAAGUCACAAGGAAAAAGAUUAUGCAACUGGCAAUACUUUAUCGGUUCAGUCAAAUACAGGUCGUUCAUUUACCAUUGAUACAAGUGUUAACAGGAGUUUUCAAGAAACUGCUUCCAAAUUUAAAAACGAAUCUAAAACUAGUACAAAUUUUGAUGCCAGAAGAAUACGUGCAUCAAGUGUUGGUAGACAUUUAGUUCGAGAAUCAAGUGCAGAAAAGAAGUUGAAUAAUGAAAAGACAACAAAUUCACCAGAUUUAAAAACUAAUUUUAGGCGCGCUUGUAGUGUCGGGAGGGAAUCUGCAGAAAGCCAUUCAAGAAAGAGGUUUGAGGAUAUAAAAGAAGAAUUGCAAUCAUAUAAACAUACAGAUACUAAGAAUAAUAAAAGUACCCUCCCUUCUAGUCAAGGUACAGUCACUGACAAAAGAAAAAAGUUAAAUGAUCGUGAUCCUCGGUUAUCAAGGCGUGAUUGUCAAGACUUAGAAAAUUGUAAAAAGGAAGAUCAAUCUACGAAAGUAUCUCUCCAUCGAGGAGACAUUCGGGAUCCAAGGCUUCAGCGCGGACUUACCAGAGAUACACAAAACAAACUACAUGAAGGAAAAUCUAUUGAUGAGUGUAAAAAACAAGGUAUAGUUUAUUCUAAUGAUAAUAUUGCCAGGGGAACAAUAUUAGGUACUGGUUAUGGUGUCAAAAAUUACAAAAUUCCAAAAAUAAAGAAACCUCAAGUGGAAACAUGUGCUAAAGUUGUAGUUGAUGACACUAAAGUUGAAACUGAAAAAAAAAGUGAAAUAAAAAAGCAAAAUAAUACAAACGAAACCAACACGUUAAAAUUUGUAGAAAACAAAGAAAGAUGUGACGGGGAUUCGAUGUCUGUCUCAAAUGAAAAAGUAUUAUCAAAAUCAGAGAAUAAAGAUAAUAUUCAAGAAAACGAUAAAAACGAAAGUGUGAUUGAAAACGUUUCUGUGUCCGUCGAAAAGCGAGUGACAAGAUCUUCAACGAAGAGUAGUGGAAGUGAAAUAUUGAAAGUACUUAAUUCGGACAACAAACCAGUUUCACGAAAAACACGCAAUAGAAUAAAAAAGCCAUUACAAUAUGAUUCCGAUUCCGAUGAUAAUGUUCUCGUAAUCGAUACCCAAGUGUCUAAAGAAUGUACUGUCGAAGAGGCAAUCGAAAAAGACAGUGCCACAUUAGAUGAUAAAGUAACAGAUGUUUGGGAUAGCAGAAAACCUACAGAUAAUCCGGGGAAUUCAAAAGGGACGGCGUGUGAUAGCAAACUCGAUGAAUCAGAAGGUACAAAGCAUUCCGAAAGUCUAAUUUCCGCUGAGGAUUUGUCAACUUACAUACCCGACUCUGAUAAUUGUUUUGGAAUGGACCUUGAAAUGUUCUCCGACAGCUUAGCUACUGAUCCUGUUAUUGAAAAUAUAAAUGAACUUAUAGCUGAUCUUGACGAUGAUUUAGAAACGUCUAAAAAUGAUGGCAAUAAAAGACAGUUUACAAAGGAGAUAAUUCUUGAGAAUAUGCUUGAAAAUAUUACGUGUGCUGAAAAAACUGCUUGUGAAAAUUCAUCUAACGAUAGCGAAAAAGUAACUGAAAUUAACGAAUUUAUUAAUAAAACAAAUGAUAAUUCCAUACCUAAUGUUGAAAUUAAUAUUAAACAACAGGUUGAUAGCAAUAGCGGUGAAGUUUCAACAACAGAAACCGAAAUAAAAUGUACUUUACCGCAAAAAAAGCUUUCGACAUGUUAUGAUGUUGAUGAUGAUAUCUGUUCUACACCCGAUAGCACAAUUAACGUUAACGAAAAUGUUCAAGAAUCCACCUGUCAGGAAAAGUUACCAGAUAGUACUGGCGUAGAACCUUGUGAAAUGAGUUCAGAUAUAACUUCUACCGAAGCAAAAGAUACUGAUCAAUUAAAUUCAUCCCAUUCCGACACAAUUAAUCAAUCAGACUCCAUCGGGAGCUUAUUAUCUAUUUUAAAAGAUAAAUCAAAAAUACAAGAAUUACUUACGAUGAUCAAAGACCAGUCGAACGGGAAUGAGAAGUUAAAGAGAAAAUUAGAAAUGUUGAGUGAAAUCGUUUCUGAUGACGAAGAUUUAUCGAAUUCAUCAAAAUCCCUUUCUAGUACGACGGACAAUAAUAAUGAAAAAACUAUAGUUGAAGCUACAGCAAAAAGUAACGAUGCUAUAUCUGAUUACGAAGAUAUCAAAGAUAAAACGCUAGAAAUGAGUACUGACGCUAUGCUCCACAGAAGUGUAGAAAUUGAUUCUACUACUGAGACUGAUCACGCACCUGGACCAAGCACUAUUUCAGAUACUGAGAACAAGGACAAUGAUGAAAAGGUAAAUGAAAAUGUUGAAAAUGUAGAAAACCGAGAGGCAUUCCAAGAAAGAAUUGAAAAUAAAGAUGUGACAGUCGAAAGUGAUUUUUUUAAUAAUAAUGAAAAAACCAAAAUUGAAAAUAAAAAACCUUCCAAAAGAAUAAAAGGUAGAGCAAAUAAUAGUAAAGUUAAGGCCCAAAAACCUCCUACACGGUCUUCAGCGCAUUUGAAAAUCGAUAAACCUCCCAGUACAAAAAAACCUUCAAGGGAACUUAAGCAACUCCAAAAUGAUAUUAAGGAAAUGUUUUUGAACGAAGAUGUUUUAAAUUCUUCUGGAAUAAGGAUGUGCCGUUUAGCAAAGCUAGUGGAAGAUAAAUCUUCGCCAGAUAAAAUCGAGAUAAAAAACGAUCAAAAUGUUGAAAACACCCCAGAUGUUACACUUCAAAAAACAAAACAAUCUUCUGAAGAAACAACUCCAAAGGGCAAAGCAUGUAAGAAGAAACAGACCUUAAAAACAAAGGGGCCACCAAAGCAAAGUCCUUUAAAUAAAGAAAAAAAUGAAGAGAUAACGGAAUCUAACCUUUCGGCCAAAUGUAAACCAGGGCCUAAAUCUAAAACAAAAGUAUUAGAACGAACAGAUGUAGACCCUUACAUGUUCGAAUCUGACUCAAUUGCCGAAUCAAAUGAUACAAAUGGAAGUGAGAAGCAAGUUGGAAGUGGUUCAGAGUCUGAUUGUGACUCUCUUGUGUCAUCUCAAAGCUUUGGAAGUAAUGAACAUCUAGUAGAAGUAAAGAAGAAAAUGAAAAGAAGACGUGGUCGCGGGUGGCAAUCAGGCGUUUUUAAACCAAAAAACAAGAAAAAAAAGAUCGAACCAAACUUAUCCGAGUUGAAAAACGCUUCAGAAUUUUCGGCACAAAGUUUCCUAAAUGCUACUGAUGACACCUGUUUUACUGACAAAACUUAUUGUUUCUCUAAGAACGUAAUGAACUAUUCAUGCCGGCUGUGUCCGUACACCGGCACCGACAUCAUUCACCAUCAUAAGAAACAGCAUCCUCAUUCAGAGAUCCCCUUGUCCCGACUGAGCCCAGAAAUUGCUAAAGAAGCUAUAGAGCAAUCUGAAGAAUUCAAUUUCCAAAUUAUAAGUCAGUUACCUAUUGAUAAGUAUGUAUGUAGAUUUUGUUUUGAAGAGUUCAGCAAUAAAAAGAAAACAGUAUUAGAAUCUUUCUUCUGGCACGUCGUUAGUACGCAUACUGGCGAAUAUAAACAACCUUGUUCAGAAUGUGAAAAUGUGAAGCAGUGUCCUUUUAAUUUAGACAUUCCUCCACCUCCUAAGGAACCAAAAGGUCAAUUAAUAGGAUACAUUUGUGGAAAAUGUAAUUUUACACAAAUUUCACUCGAAAACUUAAAAACACACGUGAUCAAUCGACAUAACAAUGAAGAUACUGAAGUUUAUACAAUAAAUUUGGGCGUGAUGUCGAAAAGGACGUUAUCGUUGUUAACAAAACCUACUACUGGGUCGGAGCCCAGAAAACUAAGAAGCAGCCGCGGCGGACAAACUUUGGUCGAAGCAAGCGUUGAACCAAAGAAAGAAAUGGAAACGGCUAAAGCUCAGACUGAAACUCUCAUAGAAAAACUUGAUAUUCAGUCGGACACGAAACUUGACAAGACACAGAAAAAUAAACGCAAGCAAAUGAAAUCACAAAUAUAUUUUGAAAAUGAAGAUGUGACUAAGGAGAUAUGUGAAUUGAGUAAAGUAGCAAAUAUUAAGGUUGAACCGGAACAGGAUAAUGAUAUAGAUCAUGACACGGAACUUUGUGAGUCGCAGGACGACCCGUCUGACACUAAGGGACAGCAACCACUUACAGACGAGGUCGACACUCGCACACAGGAACUACUUGUACACAAGGUAGUUGUAAACGAUCAACAAGACGUAGACGUAGACGAGGCAGAUUCCGACGAAAAGCAAAAGUUAGAGGACGACGUUGACACAUACGAACAGGAACUAUUAGCGGACGACGUCGACACAGACGAUGGUCGCGAACAUGAAGCACUAGCAGAUGAUGUAGUCCCCUCCUCGGCUGCGAGCAACGACGUUCUCGACUACCCCCACUUUAAAGUGAAUUACAAGAAUGCGGGUUCAAAGGAAUAUGUUUGCUGCAUCAACGGCGCUGAGAGCCACUAUCGCACUGCGCUGCUAAUAUCAUUUAAAAAACACGUGCAGCUGAAACACACCGAAAUUUGGGAUGGAUUUUGCUUCUUAUGUAAACUAAUAGUAACACCACAAGGAAAACACUUUUUCAAAGAUUGUUUACAGCAUUUCCUGGACAAGCACAUUGAUAAUUUUCCCAUAAUGGAAAAUGAAGAAAACCCGUCGAAUACCAUCGAUGCAAAUACCGUUUCCCAAACCGUCAAAGUGAGCGAACAAAAUCUAAACAAAAAUAGUUUGAACGUGCGGCCGCUGUCGGAACUUAUCGGUCCGGCGGAGACGCCGCCGCAGACGACGCUG